AUGGUGGUGGCGAAAGACUGGCGGUUGAAAAACUGAAUUACUCUCCAAACAAAAACAUUACAUUACCAAACACUCUGAACGUACCUCCUCGACUCGACUCGACUCGUAGCUCAGAAAAUUCGAGAGACAAAGAUCAGAGAUGUCAUGCUUGAUUUCUUGCUGUACGACCGCAACGUGCGGUCUAUGCACCUCGGUGGCCUCUGGUUUAACUAAUAAGUCAGCUAGAAUCGCUUACUGUGGUCUUUUCGGUGUAUCACUCGUCGUUUCAUGGAUUCUCAGGGAAGUUGGAGCUCCUCUCUUGGAGAAAUUCCCUUGGAUAAGCCAUUCCGAGACUCACCCGAAGGAAUGGUAUCAGAUACAGGCAGUUCUUCGUUUGAGCUUGGGGAAUUUCUUGUUUUUUGGAAUAUUUGCUCUUAUAAUGAUUGGUGUGAAGGACCAAAAUGACAGACGUGAUUCAUGGCAUCAUGGUGGAUGGAUUGCAAAGAUGGUGAUAUGGCUUCUUCUUGUCGUUCUUGCAUUUUUCAUUCCAAAUGCUGUUAUCUCAUUUUACGGGACUUUGUCAAUAUUUGGAGCAGGUGCGUUUUUACUUGUUCAAGUCCUUAUCCUGCUAGACUUCACUCACUCAUGGAAUGAUGCUUGGGUUGAGAAAGAUGAACAAAAAUGGUACGUUGCUUUACUGGUUGUAUCUGCUGGAUGCUACAUUGCAGCAUUUGCCUUCUCAGGAAUUCUAUUCAUUUGGUUCAAUCCCUCUGGUCAAGACUGCGGCCUGAACAUUUUCUUCAUUGUCAUGACCAUGAUUCUUGGAUUUGUAUUUGCUAUUAUUGCAUUACAUCCAGCAGUGAGUGGCAGCCUCUUGCCUGCAUCUGUCAUCUCUGUAUAUUGUGCUUAUGUUUGCUACACGGGGCUUUCCAGUGAACCUCAUGGCUAUGCGUGCAAUGGUCUGAACAAAUCCAAAGCAGUAACGGCAAGUACACUUAUUCUUGGGAUGCUCACAACUGUUCUCUCAGUUUUAUAUUCUGCAGUUCGUGCGGGAUCUUCAACAACAUUUUUAUCACCUCCGUCUUCUCCCAAGUCAGGUGCCAAGAAACCUUUUCUUGAAGGUGAAGAUGUUGAAGAAGGAAAAGAAAAGAAGGAAAAAGAAGCACGGCCUGUUAGUUAUUCCUAUACAUUUUUUCACCUGAUAUUUGCUCUGGCUAGCAUGUAUGCUGCAAUGCUUCUUUCAGGGUGGACCAACACAUCUGAGAGCUCAGACCUCAUAGAUGUUGGCUGGACAACAGUUUGGGUUCGAAUCUGUACAGAGUGGGUUACUGCCGGACUCUAUGUAUGGUCUCUCAUUGCUCCUUUACUCUUGCCUGAUCGCGAAUUCUAUUAGGUUGUUCAUAACCUAUCUUGCACUCACUUUCUCUGAAUAUAUAUACAAUUGGUGGACUGUGCUCUGAUGUGUUGAAUAUGUUAGUACCCCUUUUUUUUCCUUGGGUUUCUGGUUCUGUUAUUGUUGUCAUGAAUUGUCUUUUUACUCAGCUUAGUUAGGCUUGGUAUGUAUGUAUGUAACUAUAUAUGUAUGUAUACUAAUAUAUUACAGUAUAUUAUUUAUAAUUAUAAUAUUAUUACUGCAGUAUAAUUCAUUUA